AAAGGUAUAAAGACAUAAAUAACACUAUACUAUAUAUUUAACUUGGACUAUACAAAACAAGACAAGACGAUAUGGCUACUAGUCACCUAGACACUUACAGAGAACCCCAGCCUGGUGACCUGAUCGAGAUCUUUCGACCGGCCUAUCAGCACUGGGCCUUGUAUCUGGGAGAUAUAUACGUCAUCAACCUUACACCAGUCGAUGAGAACCAAGCAGCCGCCAGGUCCAGCGUGAAGUCAGUGUUCACUCGGAAGGCUGUGGUGCGAAUGCAGCUCCUGCAGGACGUUGUGGGGGAAGAUCCGUUCCGUGUUAACAAUAAAUACGACAACAGUCACACGCCUUUGCCUGUGUCUGAGAUUAUUGAGCAAGCACAGCUACUGAUUGGUCAGGAGGUGUCAUAUGACCUGUUGGGCAGCAACUGCGAGCACUUUGUCACCCUGCUGCGAUAUGGCAAGGGUGUAUCUGAGCAGGCAACACGUGCUAUCGGGGUGAUAGGUUUGGUGACCGCAGCAGCGAGUGCCUUUUCUCUGCUUUGCCGCAUGAGCACUCGCAACAGGAACAGACCUUCCUGACAUCAGUGCGACUCACAAAUUCAAGCUUUUAAUUAUAUGCACACAUUUGUUUUACACAAUAUAGUCAACCAGAGCUACAUAGUUUGUGCUUAUGAUUUUGGUUUUGUUCUUUGACACAGAUUGUUUUAUUUAUUUACUUUGUAUACAUUAAAGCAAAUUAUAAAUAGAGUAGCUAUAGAUAAGUGUCUAUUCUCUGAAAUGUCUGGAGGUUGAUUAUAACAGGAAGUGUAAUAUAAGUUAGUGUAUAGGUUUUUAAAGUUCUUUUAAGAUUAAGCUACUUUUUUUUACAUACAUACUGAUAUAUAACAACAUGUUUAGAUUAUGAGAAAUGUUGCUGAAGAUAAACAAAUUAAUUAAAUACAUUUCCCACAAUG